CAAUGUUGCGAUAGUUUGAAUUUUUGUUAACUGAUAUGGUUUAACCAUGACUGCGUUGUGUUACAAAAUAAACACAUUAGUGGUUUUAAAACGAGAAAAACAAAAAAACAGUAAUGAAUAAGUAGUCAGUAGAAGAUUUUAGUCCAAAGUGGGCUCAGAGAUAGUGCAAAAUGAAAAUUUUUGGCUUAAAUUUUGACCUGUGGGACACCACCCUUGAAACAAAACUUCAGAUGCUAUUCGCCGGUGUAUCGUACUUUUUGCUAAUAUAUGCGGGGCCCCUUUCACUAAUUUUUUGCCUUGGUUUACUAAUUACUCCUUUAUGGUGGUUGGUUUUGCUCUACUUUUUGGGGAUUUUUUACGACAAAGAUACUCCAGCCCAAGGCUCACGACCUAUGAAGUGGGUCCAAAAUCUCCUCAUUUGGAAAUAUAGUCACGACCAUUUCCUUAACACUCUUAAGCUCACUCGUGAUUUUCAACUAAACUCAAACCAGAAUUAUCUCUUCGCCUGCUUUCCUCACGGAGUUGUCCCGUUGGGGCUUUAUUCAACUAUCGUCAACUCGCAUUCGAAAUUUCGAAAUUUAUACCCAAAUUUUCGAGUGAAACUCGCUAUAACUCCAUUUCUUUUUGUCUUCCCCUUUACUCGAGAACUUGCAAUGGCUUUAGACUUCAUCUCAUGUUCGUUCAAAUCUCUUAUGAGGGUGUUAAGCAAACCAGAAGGUGGAGAAAUUGUAGUGUUAUUUCCCGGAGGUGCAUUGGAAUGUUCUUAUAAUCAGUACCAGCCUCAAUUUUAUAAGUGCGUCCUAAACCGCAGAAAAGGCUUCGUGAGAGUGGCUUUAAAAAGCGGAGCUGCGUUGGUCCCGGUUUUAACUUUCGGCGAGAACGAUCUAUUGACUGUUGAGAACAGUUUUUGGCAAAAAUUUCGGUUCAUUACAGAAAGGUAUCAGACUUUUGCUUGUGGUUUUGUUCAUGGGAGAGGAGUUUUCCAAAGCACUUUUGGGAUGGUUCCGAGACGAAAACCGACAAUGACUGUUGUUGGUACACCAAUUGCAACUGCGAAAACAGAAAAUCCAAGUGAUGCACAAGUCGACGCCCUCCACAAGAAAUUUCAAGAAGAGUUAGAGAAACUGUUUGAAAAAUACAAACACCAAUUUUUUGACAAUCCUCAAGAUAAAUGUUUAGAAUUUGUGUAAUUUUGACUAAUAAAUUUUA